CUUCCUGAAGGCACAACAACAACAAGUGCCUUGAGACAAUCCAUGAGAGAAAGAGUGCAAGAUACUAAGGUUUGUCAAUAUGACACAUCUCUUAGGACGUCAGGACUGCGUUGAAAGUCUCCGGAGAGAUUUAAUAGAUCUUCAAGGUGCUGUUCUCGAUGUCUUCUCUCGGACAGGCCCAGUUCGAUUCCCCUCCUGGAAGUUCCCAGAUAAGCUUUCAUGCAAUCUGGACCUGGUGUCGCUAUUAGAACAAUACGACUUUGUUGAUGGGGAAGAGGAAUUCAAUCAGCAUUCACAUAUUGUUUUGCUGGAGUUGGUGAUUGACAGGUAA